AUGGACGUAGAAGCGAUAGAUAAAGGGUCAGCAGGGAAGGCUGGCCGAAAACCAAGCAGUUCUGGGCCCCGAAGCAUUGCUGCAUUGAGUGCAGAGCAAAUCGCUCGAAAGCGGGCAACCGAUCGAGCCUGCCAGCGUGUGUUCCGGCAGAAGAGACGAGAACGUGUUGAACAAUUGGAGGCUCGGUACAAAGAGCUAUUGCGGAAUGCCCCUGACAAAGCAGAGCUUCAAGCAGCCAAACAAAGGGGUAUAGAGUUAGAGGAGGAGCUGAAACGCCUUAGAGCAGUCCUGGACAAAAGAAAAGCAGAGCUUGGGAUUGAGUUGACCGAACCCAGCCAGUCUAGUUUAACGGUGGUCCCAAAUCCUACACCAAGACCGAGCUUCCGCGAUUCCCAAGCUGUCAAGUCUUCAGUGUCAACACCAAAACCCUAUCUACCAGCAGUUAGUAAAUCGGAACCAGACCAGUCGACGAGUAUAGGCUCUGCUUUGAUCCAAGACUCCUCGAGUGGUUCGAUAUGGCCUACUACCGUUGCAACUGAUGAUAGACCCCACCUUAGUUUACGACCAUCGGCGCAAGUACAACGCAGAGUUUCAAUAAAUGAUGUCGACACAGUCGAACUUAGAUCAACGCCAUUGAUCACUUCACCGGACAGGAAGCAGAGGCCUGCAACUUAUUUCAUGAGGCAGCCUUGCCUACACGAGUGGGAAAUUCCUCCUGCCUUAAGAAGCCCAUCUACUCCCAUUGAUAAGAUUCUAUACGGUAUGGUCCAGCAUCAGCGAGCACUUUCCAAGAAGGGCAUUCAUAGCAUAGAGCUCGCCGGUCCACGAAACCCCAGCAUGACCGCGCUAGUUGCACCAGAGCAGUCUGCAACUGUUCAUACAGUUGCGCGAGUUAUCUCCGAUCUGCUGAACAAGAUCACGUACCGUACGUUUGUGGACAAGCUGGGUGCCUUUCUAGUCAUAUAUCCUAUAUAUCAGUGGCUUAUAAUGCAAUCCUACGAAACGUAUCACAACUUACCCUCAUGGUUGCUUCCAUUGCUCUCCCAGCGCACCACGCCUCACCCUAUUUGGAUCAUUGCAGUGGGAACCCCGACGUUGAGAGAUGUAAUCAUUGCGAACCAAGAGAAAUAUGAUACAGAAGAAUUCCAGUUUCUUUUCGUGGCGAGCAUCAACGUCAACUGGCCACAUGGACUGGAGGCUGCCUUGAGUCGGAAACAUGGUGGUAUUGCGGCUAGUAAAGCGUUCUGGGAUCAUGCGAGGGACUUAAAGAACUGGACUUUGGAUGAGCCAUUUCAGAGCCGAUAUCCCGAAUUGAAGGGCUUCGUCCCUUUCACGAAAUAUCCCGGGAAAGAUGUACGAGUUGGUAAUUUACCAGCUUGA